AUGGAGGCUCCCCGAAACGAUCCGCAAUCUUUCCAACGAUUCGCCGAACGAGUUCGGACCCAUCUCUUCAAUCUCGCCACUAUAGGAGAAUCAGGCCACGUAGACAUUAUUGAGAGGUUGACACUGAAGCUGCAACUUACCGACCGCUUAGCCUGGAACGACAAGCGAGGGUUAGAGCUAGAUCAACGUACGAUCAACGAUUUUGGGCGUUGGCUGACGACACGGGCGGUGUCAUAUCAGAACGCAUAUGCCAUCACCGAUGAACAACAUCAUCUAGCCUCCAAGAGCGACCAACACUGGCCACAAGGACAGCAGCGGUCACAACACAGGAGAAGCGCCAGGACUCAUCAUGUAAUGUCCAGCGUGCGUGGACAGACGGAUCAUGGUUCGACUGAACUGAAGGAGAGGAGGCCGGCGGAUGCUUCACAGUGUUUCAAAUGCAAGGGAGUUCAUCGACUAGAAGAAUGCCAGUUCUUUAGGGAUCUGCCGGUUAGUGACCGGAUGACUUUCGUACAGCGGCGUGGACUAUGCUACGGAUGUUUCGGAAUCCGGCACGGAGCAAUGCACUGUACCUUUAAGAAGACCUGCGGGGUGGAAAGGUGUAGAUUGAAUCACCAUCGUCUCUUACAUAGGAACCAGGGGCAUUCAGAUCGGACAGUUCGGCCCCACACUCUACGCUCUACGCCACGAAAGAUCGGCUUCAAGAUUAUUCGCUUGGAUACUCUCGACGCGGAAGGAGAAAGGGUGCCCGUCAAUGUUAUGAUGGACGACGGAAGCGACGCCACCUUGUUCCGUGAAGGAUUGACACAUCGCCUGCGACUCAAAGGAAAACGACAGACCCUACUGGUAGAAGGAGCGACGGAGGGAUCAGCACGUCACGAAGAUUCGGAGUUUCUUGCUCUUCGUUUGGUGACAGCCUCCGGCGAGGAGUUUUCGAUUGAAGGAUCCACGGUCCGCUCCAUUACCAGACCGGUACCCGUGAUCCGGUGGGACGAACUGAAACGACGGUGGAGCCACUUGACAGACGUCCCUGCUCAGCGAGACUGCGGUGGUCGAGUCGACAUUCUACUGGGGUUGGAUUAUGCGCCCCUCAUUACUCCGAGUGAAUCUCGGAUUGGGGGAGCUGACGAGCCCGUCGCAUCAAAGACCCGUCUUGGUUGGACCCUGCAGGGUGUAAUAGGCUUAGAUGGAGGAUGGAACGCGGCCCGUAUUCAUCGCGUAUGCGCGUCUACUGACAUCACCGCGCAGUUAGUUGCGCAAUUGAAACGAUUCUGUGAUACUGAAGCUUUCGGAACUGAAUUCCGAGGCGAUGGGAUGUCAACCGUGAACCGGAAGGCUGUGGAGAAAUUGGAAACCGAGACAGUACGACUGGAGAAGGGAUAUGCUGCUCCGGUAUUGUGGUUGGACGGCACGCCCCCUAACAUCUCUGAUAGCCGUCGCAUGGCGGAAAACAGGCUGCAGAGCCUAUGCAACAAGUUCAAGAGGAUACCCGGAUAUGAACAGCAUUAUCGGGCAGCCAUGAACAAGAAAUUUACGGAAGGAUAUGCCCACCGCCUUUCAGCGGGUGAAGUCCAACAGCAGCCAACCAAGUAUUUUCUACCCCAUUUUGGAGUCCCGAAGGUGAUUGGCCAACCCGAGCUGAGACUAGUGUUUGACGCGGCCGCCAAGUCAGGUGGCAAAUGCCUGAACGAUUUCAUCACGAGUGGUCCAGCACUUCAAAAUGCGUUGGCAGCAGUGUUGGUGGGGUUCCGGGAAGGAGCCAUUGGAUGGUCGGCCGAUAUUAGCGCGAUGUUUAGCCGGAUUCGGCUAACAGAUGUGGACUGA